ACACAUUAAGCCCGAUGGACUGGACAAGCCAAACGGAAGGGACGGCAAAAGGCUGCCAUGGAUAUUUGGGAGGCGUUAACCCAAGUUGUGUGCAGCUGGACGCACUGCUGGCUGAUCUGGAGACGACCACUUCCCAUAUCUCCAAACGCCCAGUUCUGUUCACGGAUUCUGGAGGAGCUCAACCCAACGGGCUGAAACAAGACGGGACCUCAGAGCCCAAGCCACCGCCUCCACCUUACAAUCCUCAACCACAGGCUGGGCCCACUGCUAUGCCUGUAGAGCCAAUCCCUGCCUCCACCAUGCAGGGUGGAAGUGACAAAGAACACCUUUACAGCACGGUCUGCAAGCCUCGCUCGCCCAAGCCCAAGGAAGGAGGCCCGCCGCCCUUCUCCUCCUCCAGCGGCGUGCUGGGGGCUGGUCUUUGCGAACUGGAUCGGCUCCUGCAGGAACUGAACGCAACCCAGUUCAACAUCACAGAUGAAAUAAUGUCCCAGUUUCCAACCAGCAAAAGUCCCAGCGGGGAGAAGGGCAAAGACAGGUCAGAAGAUUCUGCAGAUGGCGGCUCUUUAUCUCGGUCUGCAGCUCCUGCAAAGCCGUCGGCGACGUCAGCGACCCUGGAGCUGGACAAGCUGAUGGCCUCUCUGUCCGAUUUCCGGGUCCAGAGCAACAUCCCUGCAGCUGCUCCAUCCACAGUGUCCCCCCCACCCGCUCCCGCCCGGGUGUCCUCCGCGCAGCUGCCGAUGGUCUCAUCUGUCUGCCCCACCCCUCCCGUUGCGCCCACACAGACGUCACCGGCCCAGCCCAGCGGGAAUCUGGAUAGCAUGCUUGUCAUGCUGGAGUCCGACCUCAGCCGCCAGGGAAUCUCCACCACCGCCAAGGGGCUGUGCGCUUCGUGUCAAAAGCCCAUCGCUGGACAGGUGGUAACGGCACUGGGUAGCACCUGGCACCCGGAGCAUUUUGUCUGUACCCACUGCCAGAAGGAGAUGGGGGGCAGCAACUUCUUCGAAAAGGACGGCGCCCCUUACUGCGAGAGAGACUACUUCCAACUCUUCUCUCCACGCUGCGGCCUCUGCAAUGAGCCCAUCCUGGACAAAAUGGUGACCGCGCUGGAUAAGAACUGGCACCCCGAACACUUCUGCUGCGUCAAGUGUGGGCAGCCCUUUGGGGAAGAAGGUUUUCACGAGAAGGACGGGAAACAGUACUGCCGCCAAGACUUCUACGAGCUGUUUUCCACCCGCUGCCAGGGGUGCAGCCAGGCCAUCCUGGAGAACUACAUCUCUGCUCUCAACGCCUUGUGGCACCCAGAAUGUUUUGUCUGCAGGGAAUGCUACACGCCCUUUGUGAACGGGAGCUUCUUCGAGCACGGGGGCCGCCCCUUCUGCGAGAUCCACUACCACAAACAGCGCGGCUCGCUCUGCUCGGGCUGCGAGAAGCCCAUCACCGGCCGCUGCAUCACGGCCAUGGCCCGCAAGUUCCACCCGGAGCACUUCGUCUGCGCCUUCUGCCUCAAGCAGCUCAACAAGGGCACCUUCAAGGAGCAGAACGACAAGCCCUACUGCCACCCGUGCUUCAUCAAGCUGUUCGGGUGACGAGGGGGCGCCUCCGCCCUGCCACGCCCAAGCCACGUCCACUUCCAAC